AUGGUAAGUCUGCUUUCUCUAUCAGAGAUUACGUACAUAGUUGUCAAGUCCGAAUAUCGUUAUUGCGGUAUCGGAAAGGACUAUGUCUUCGACAAGGGUCGGUCAGCGGACGUGCCUGUUGCCGUGAGCGCCGAGCCGCAGAUCUACGGGUUUUUCAACAAAUAUGGCUUGAAGUUCCAUGAUACGAAGCAUGCGGAUUUCGAUCUUGCUCAGUGGGCCCACCACACUCGGGUUUUGGUAAUUUCAGGUUGGCUGGGUUAA